CCUGCACGCGAUCCGGCCAGCCCAGCCCACUUCGAUGAUCAAGACGCGACAUUCAGUUCAGAAGUAAACAUGGACAGACCGCCUGUUGGAGACGUUGACGAUUUGGCCACUUUGGCAAAACUUGACGAGCAAAUUCUACUGGGAGAAUUGCGUGAAAGAUACAGGAAAGGUCGAAUAUACACGUAUGUUGGAGAUAUCCUGAUAGCAGUCAACCCAUACAAGGAUCUGGGGAUUUACGGCAAAGAUGUGGCUCAAAGGUACAAAGGAGCCAAGAAAAGCAGCAACCCUCCCCACAUCUUUGCCAUUGCUGAUGCUGCCUACCAAUCACUUAUGGGUCAGGGAGGUCGUCUCCCUAGCAACCAGUGCAUCCUCAUUAGUGGGGAGAGUGGGGCAGGGAAGACUGAGAGCACAAAGCUCAUCAUCAAACAGCUGAUCAGUUUGUGUGGGGGCAAUCUCCAGUCGUCCACCGCGCAGUUGGAGCAACAGAUUUUACAGGUAAACCCACUGCUGGAGGCAUUCGGCAAUGCCCAGACCAACAUGAACGACAACUCUAGUCGCCUCGGCAAGUACAUCCAGCUCAAGUUCAGGAAAGGCGUGGUGAUGGGUGCUAAGAUCUCGGAGUAUCUGCUGGAAAAGUCACGGGUGGUGCGUCAGAGUCCUGGGGAGGAGAACUUCCACAUCUUUCACUACAUUUUCGCCGGACUGUCCCCAGAACUGCAGGACAAGUUUGUCCUCAGGGACGUCAGCAAGUACAGGUAUCUAUCCAAUGGCCCCAAGGUGCUGCAGCAGAAGAGUGGCCUUUUGAAGGGGCGAUACGAGGAACUUUGUAACGCCAUGGAUCUGGUUGGCUUCACAGACGAGGAACAAACUGAAGUGUUCACUGUGAUAGCCAGUGUGCUGCACCUUGGAAACAUCCGAUUUGGCUCCAAUGAGCAAGAUGCGGCAAUGGUUUUGGACCCCAAUGGAGCUGUGAAGGUGGCAUCAAUGCUGUUGCAAGUGGACCCAGAGGAGGUGGAGGCGUGUCUGACAUCCAUGGUGACGGUCAUCAAAGGGGAGUAUGUGAAGCAGCUGUACAGUAAACAGCAGGCUGAAGAUGCCAGGGACGCCAUGGCCAAGACACUCUAUGGACGUCUGUUUGGCUGGAUAGUCAACAAGAUCAACUGCUUGCUCGCACCAGAGGAAGAUAUUCCCUCUGAUGAACUCCGGGAGAUUGGGAUCCUCGACAUAUUUGGGUUUGAGCAUUUUGAGACGAAUAGUUUUGAGCAGGCGUGUAUCAACUUAGCCAAUGAGCAGCUGCAAUUCUUCUUCAAUGAGCACAUUUUCAAAAUGGAGCAGGAGGAAUACAUUAGAGAAGGUAUCGACUGGAAGGAGAUUAAGUUUGUGGACAACAAGCCCCUUCUGGAUAUGUUUCUGACAAAGCCGAUAGGACUUCUGGCUCUAUUGGAUGAAGAAAGCAUGUUCCCUAAGGGCACAGACCAGACAUAUGUGGAGAAGGUCACCUCACAUUUCAAGAAGAACAAGAACUUUGAGGCAUCACAGCAGAGUCGCAGUGUCAACUUCUCUGUUAACCACUAUGCUGGCAAGGUGGAGUAUGAUGCCACCCAGUGGUUGGAGAAGAACCGAGACACACUGCCAUCAGGCAUUAUGGAGAUCCUCACAUCCAGCAACACAUCACUGGUCAAGACCAUCUUCAGAGCUCAGAUCACCAGGACUGGCAGCUUGUCUCUACAAGGACGAACUCUGAGGAAGUCAUCCAGGCUAAGGAAAAUAAAUCCUGACAAGAUUCGAGCCAAGCGGAAGGUGACUGUAGGAGCACAGUUCAAGAGCUCUCUCAACAUCCUGAUGGAGCGGAUGCAGUCAGCAUCACCGGUGUUUGUCCGCUGUCUCAAACCCAACCAUGUCAAGAAGCCUGAACAGUUCAUGGAUGAAUACAUUCUGGCCCAGCUUCUGUACACUGGCAUGUUGGAGACUACCAAGAUCCGAAGGGAGGGCUUUGCAGUGAGGCCUAUGUUCCAGGAAUUUGUUGACAAGUACAAGAUUCUGCUGUGUCAGCACAAACUGAAGGGGUCAUCUGAAAACUGCAGGAAGAUUCUCCAGGCAAGCGGCCUCAAGGGCUGGCACGUUGGGAAGACAAAGGUGUUCCUGAAGUACUGGCACAUCGAGCAGCUGUCCGACAUCCUGCAACGCAUGGGAGUGUCAGCGGUGAUGCUGCAGAAACUCGCACGAGGGUUUGUUGCACGUCGCCAUGCUGCUCGUCUACGUCAGGCAGCGGUAGAACAGCGCCGUCUGGUGGAGGGCCUUCUUCAGCAGAUUGAGCAGCUGUGUGUGACGUGCAGCCUGAACCAUGAGCGUAUUAGACAGGAGGAUGUCAACAAACCAAAAGACAAGAAAAAGAGUGAUCAACUUCAGCCACCUGCUUUGCCACUUCACUCUCCAACUGGUUCCAUAAACAGCUACCUCCAGCCAGAGAAGCACACCGUGUCAUGUGGGACUGGGAUGGAUGAUGAUGAUGAUGAUGAAGACGAUGAAAUCAUGGAUGAUGAUUUCAAAGCUGAUGCUUCUAAUCGCAACAAGUUUGGAGCCCCAGGGCGGAAGGCGGCCACCAUCUGGUUCCAGUCCACCCAGACUGAGAAUGUCGUGGAGCCGCAGUCAGGGAAGUUUGCCCCAUGGUUUCACGGCAUCAUCUCCAGGAAACAGUCCGAGGCUCUGUUGAAAGGGAUGCCAGUUGGCUGCUACCUCAUCCGAGUCAGUGAAAGCCGCUUUGGCUACACCCUGUCAUUCAGAGCUGAAGACAGGUCACGCCAUUAUAUGAUUGACCAGAUAAGAAAUGGAAAAUUUAUCAUUCUUGGAGAAAGCAAAGUUCAUCGGUCACUCCAUGACAUGAUCGAGCACCAUAAAACACAUCACAUCUCCAACUGGAAGAGUCUGCUGACUGAUCCAUGUGGACAGCUCCCCCCAUCCAACCCUGAUUAUGCUGUCUUACAGAGUGGUGACUGCGACUACAUGGACCUCAUGGACGAUUCCAACCGCAUGUACUUUGUCCUUGACCCUGCAGCUACACCAUCAAGGUCAACGAGACAGAGUGGUGCCUCCAGCCCUGGACUGCCUCCCAGGAACUACACUGUACAGCGAGAGCAAGGGAACUCAAGGAUGGCCGGGAGACCCCUCCCCCAGGUGCCACCCCAGGUGCCACCCCAGUCCUACCAGAGGCUCAUUCAGAACCAGCAGGACCAUUUUGGCAAGUGAGAGGAAGAACAGCACAGAUACGACCAUCUAAAGCAGACCUCGGGGUCGCGGGCACGUCUGUCAACUACCAGGAACAGACUUCACUAGCGGCAGGACCAGCUCUCUCCAUCCCUCCUGCAGAUAUACAGAUAUCACUUCAUAUCUUCAGAUUUAUAAAGAUACACUGAUAUCACAUCAUAUUCAUCAGAUGUUUAUAACACAUCAUAUCCAUCACCGUCUACGCCAUUGUACUGAUAACAUCUGAUAUAAAGAUGUACUGAUAUAAAGGUUCUACUUACUUAUAAUAUCAACCAAUCAAAAUUCUUAUUCAGCAUAAAAUAUGUACCUCACUCUGUAUGUGUAGAUAACCAUUACAGCAUUGGCCCGAGUUCUCCCAAGGUAGUGAGUAUGGUUUUAUGCCACCUUGGCAUUAUUCCAACUAUAUCAUGGCAAGGGCUCCUAAAAUACUUUCACGUUGUACCCAUGUGGGGAACCAAACCCGGGUCUUCAGUGUUAUUAAGCGAAUGUUUAACCACCAUGCUACUCAACCACCCUUCUCUAUGUCAUCUCUAGCUGCUACAGUCUGUUUUAACAUAACUGAGUUACAACUUACAAUCGUCUUCAUUAGUCUCAUGCCUUUGUUUACUAGGUCAAGGUCACAGUGAAUGACCUUGAUGAUUUAAUUGUCAUCAUACUGUGAUUGCACAUCCUCGAUAAUCUCCAGGGUAUACAUUACGAUAAAUCUCCACUAUUGAUUGGAUGGUGAUUGCAUUGAUUGUAUUUCUUCCUUUCAACCCUGGUUUGUAUGACUCCAAUUGAAUCAACUACAAGCCUCCUGAAUGUAGCAGGAAUUGUGCCCUCGUGUUCUGUCACAACAUUCUCUGUAAAACCACCCUCUUGUUGCAUUGUACUGUAUGCUUCAGAUCUAACCUUCUAAUCUUUAGUACCUUCUCCAGAAUUCUGCAGAGCUGGAAUGUGGGUACAACAUUGAAUCUUUUUCAGUCAUGCAGAGUUCUGCGGAGCUGGAUUAUGUCUACAAAAUAGAAUCUUUUUCAGUCAUAUAACUGGAAUAUUGUGAACUUCUGUGUUAAACAACUGACGGACUGUUUGUGUGAAGCUCAUUUCUAUUAUUAAAGCCCCAGUGCUAUGAUAUUGCUGGAAUAUUGCAAAAGAAGCCUAAAACUCACUCACUCACACUGGACUGUUCACGUCAAUAGAUGUAUAUUUCACUUAAACUGUUAUAGAGAUUUAAUUUGCAUACUAUCAGUUGUAUUUUCAUUGUUACUUUUUGUUUGAAAAUUAUAUUAUGGGUUACAUAGAGUUUGUCUUCAUGUCAAGCUAGUACCAACUCAUGGAUGUGUAUAUUUGUUUGUUUUUUGUUUGUUUUUUGUUUGUUUACUGCCCACUUCUGUACAGAAGAUCAAGAAGACUACUUUCAUCAAUCUAUGCAGUUGGGAUAAAAUGACAUGCAAUCAAUCAAGUCACAAAUCUUGACCAUUUAAUCCAUGUAGUCACCUCUAAGUAGGACUCGGUUGAGGGGACGUACAGUCUGAAUCACAAGUACAUCUUGGAUAUUAAUUACGGCACAAUGUGGGGAAGUGUUUGUGUGUCCCUUGGCAUAUUAAUGUAUGUAUGUGUUUCUGUAAACUUUUGUUAGCCAUGGAAUUAAAAAAAUAGCGGAGAGAAUGUUGUUGUGUGUGUGAGUGUAUUAAAUGAAAUCAUUACUAAAUGCUCAGUGAAACCUAACAUCAAACUCCAGAAAUCUGCUUCCAGAUGAAUUUCAUGAAAUAUGAAGAAUAAAUAUUAUCUUUAUUA